AUGAGCUCCGACCCUCGCCAAGCCACCGGCGCGAGCGGGAAAUCCAAACGUCGCUGGACCGACCCCGACGACGAUGGCAAAAUGAACGGCCCUGAGGAUUUAGCAGCCCAACCGAAGCGGCAGCGCGUCUCACGAGCAUGCGACAGCUGCCGAUCGAAGAAAGACAAAUGUGAUGGCGUCCAACCAGUGUGCUCAACAUGCGCCUCGCUAUGCAGGCCUUGCACAUACAAGGCCAAUCCAAAGAAACGAGGUUUGCCGACAGGUUACAUCCGCUCCCUCGAGCUGCUCUGGGGGCUGGUCUUCCAGAAGAUUCAAGGUAGUGAAGAUGUCAUGCGAGCCUUGAUGAGAUCGAUCAAUCUGCCCAGCCAUCUUGCCACGAUGGGCAAGGAGGCGGAAGGGUCGGAUACUCUACUCUCAUCGUUCAAGAACAGUACGGUCUUGAGGGAUAUUGAGCGGAUGCUGGUCGUCUUGGAGCAGCCCGAGGAGGAGAGAGAUCGUAGUCUACAAGCAUAUAGCGAGGGAGAUACUCCGCUGGACGUGGAUGGGAUUCUGGCCUCGUCGGAGGCUCAGGAAUGGCAAAUCCCAGAUGGACUGGACGCUCACUCGGGUGUUCAAACCACCUCAUCCGAUGAAUUCCAAUCCCCUACCCUCGCCAUCUCCCUCCAUGCCGACGACCCCAGAGCGAUCUCCACCAAUUCCCCUCUUCAAAUACCCUACAAUGCGUGGCCUCUUCUUGAUAUAUACUUUUCAUACACUCAAUGCUGGUUUCCCAUCUUGGAAAAGCACGAUAUCCUUCGAACAGCAUUUCAGUAUACCGAGGGCGAUGUGUACAUGACCCGUUCAGCACCUGGGUCCGGUGACCAUGCCGCCCUGUGGGCGGUCCUGACCCUCGCUUCCCUUCAAGAUGCAUCCAUCACCGCCCGAGAAUCCGACCCCCAGAAUAGCCGAAUUAACCCAUCUCUCCUGUAUAACACUGCUCGAGACCUAAUUCCCGUCGAGACAGGCCCAUUUGAAGUGGGCCACGUCCAAGCUUUGCUGAUCCUGUCGCUCAUCAAGUUUGGUCAGCAAGAAUGGACCGCAGCCUGGAUGCUCGUUGGUCAUUCAGUCCGCAUUGCUCAGACAUUAGGUUUGGAUCAACCUUCAUUCCCUUCUAUUUCUUCGCGGUCGCCCGAACAGGGCAAGCAACUUGGUCGAGCAAAACAUGUGUUUUUGGGAUGCUUUGUGCUGGAAACUCUCAUUGCUGAGCAAACAUCACAAUGCCCCUCGUUACGCCGAAAUGAUUUGGCCCGUGUGGGAUCUAUUAAUGAAGAUGGAUUGGAAGAAUGGCAUCCAUGGGAGGAUAUGACUGGUCUUCGACCUACUCAAGCAUCUCGAGCAUCCAUGCAACGAGGGCCCCUUCAUGCAUUGAGCACGUUUAAUCGCUUGGUAUCGCUCGUUUCUAUCUUGAACGAUCUGUGUUGUUACAAGCAAGACCCGACCGUCUCCCGAUCGCAACUAGAGUCACUAGAAUUGAAUUUGCAACGAUGGGCAGCUGCCCUCCCCAAGAGCUAUCGUGUCGAUUUACAGAGUCGCCCAAUCAAGUUGGCGUCGCCGCAUAUCUUUGGAUUGGAAAUGACAUACCAAAGCAUUGUCUCUGCCUUGAGUUUACAGAUUGCUGCGCGUGAGAGUGAUCAGAACAUCCCUGAGAUGCCGCACAAAGCCCGCGCUAUUGAUAGCUCGCAGCGGUUGAUCCACUGCCUCCAGGUUUACUUGGAGACGUAUAGUCUCUCAGCCACUGCUCCCAUAUUUGGCAUGAUUCUGAAAUACUGUCUUCCGCGUUCAUUCUCCCGCGAUAUGGUAUCUGAUGUCGAGUUGGGUCUGCGUAACAAGAUUCAAUCGUUUUCAUCUCACCUUGUACAGCUUUGGUCUGUCUCAGACCGCCCACCUACCGGUCAGACCAUUACACAAAGAAGUCAGGGGACGAUGGCGUCUCCUGCAACAUCACAUCAACCAGACCUUUCCGCCCACGAGGAUCCAACAUUAUCUCAUGUCCUACCGCCUACAAGCUCAUUAUUACCUACACCUACUCCUUCUUUGACCACUGUUGGCGGUGCCUCUGAGGUCUCUGCACAACCAGGUCAAAUGGAUGCAGGGUUAGGUAGUGGUCUUCGUCAGUCUACAUCUGCUCCAUCAAAAUCACAUCCCGGUCCACCCAUGAUACCCGACCUCGCGCCACCAUAUCCUCCGGGUGCACAAUACCAUCAACCCUAUCAAGAUCCCUCUCUUGGUCUCAGUCCCUUCGUCGACAUGGAUGGGUACGGUCCUCCUCCACGUCGACAGCAACGAAUUGCACCAGAUCUGGAUGCACUAUUUGACGAACUGGCAUCGUUGGAUGGUGCUGACAAGGCCGAUCAUCAACCAGAGUUCAUGCAAAACCUGGGCUUCGUUGCCGACCCGGGUGUUCCAGAAAUGUACUCCUUCUCAAGUCAAAUCGAGCCAUUCUUAUUGGCACAGCAUCAGAUACCGAGUAACGGGACACCGGGAGUUCGAAGAGAAUCACAAUCAAUCAGCAUGUCUGGGACGCCAAAGCGCUCAGUAUGA